AUGGAACCACUCUUCCGCCCAAUAACCCAUCCAGGAAGUCGUGGGCCUCAUGGGGACUUUCCACUCGAUGGAAAGGAUCUUGAUUCCGUCACAGACGAGGCUCUGGUAGCCCUUCUCACAACGGCUCCUAUUCUCCAUCAGCUAGGUGCAACGACGGUUGUGCGGCUUUCGGAGACUUUGGUCACGAAGGGUGGCGGAGAUGUCAUGACUAAUGCAGCGGAUAUGCUUCGUCUUAUUGCUUCCAGAACCAAUAUUCGAGUCCCACGAGUCUAUCGCUCAUUUCAAUUAGAAGAUGAUACCCAAUAUUUUGGUACAUCUGGGUAUAAUGUCAUGGAUUUUAUCCCAGGUCAAGCGCUGGAUGAGUACUGGAACGCCCUAUCCCGUGACACCCAAGUAAAAAUCUCUGGGCAGGUUGCUGAUAUGAUCAAAGAGAUGCAGUCCAUUGAGCUUUUGGAGCCUGGCCCCAUUGGUGGAGGACCAUGUCAGGGUCUGUUUUUCACAGAUUAUAGUGCUGGACCUUUCAAGGACACUGCUGAAAUGGAAGCUUGGUUUAAUCACAAGCUAGAAAUUUGCAAGUGCUACAAUCGAGCCCCAAAAGACGUUGGGCCAUUCAAUUUCACCAUGUUUGUCCUUACACACCACGACAUCAGCCCUCGAAACUUGAUCUAA